AGACCCAUAGGAUAACAAUCGCCCUUCCAGUUUGGUGUUAUCCUGUGGGCCUAAGGAUGCAUGGAGCUGACACCACACUGAUUUUGCUUUUGCUGUCGGUGUAAGUAAUAACCUGUCUAAAUCCAUCUGGGCUGCUUGUCUCCUUCCCGUAGCCAAAUCUACGGGAAGUGUCUAGCCAGUGUAGGGUCAAGGGACUGCUUGACAAGAGACCAAAGUAAAUGGAAGAGGCGUAAGGAGGUGAGGCCAAAGAGGAAAGGGGACCAGGUCACACAGAACCUCGGAGGUCACUGCAGAACCUUGGCUUAUGCGGAGAGACAGCAGGAACCACUGAUAGGUUUGGGGAGAUUUGAGCAGAGGGACAUGAUUUGGCUCAUGUUACAUUGUUAAAGGGACCACCUUAAAAUACAUUCAUUCUAAAAGUGUUACCUUUAAGAAACUAUGUAUAUAAAUUAAGUUACUGUUGCCAUUAUUAGUAUAAGUAGUUACAUUUCUCUUACGAUUCAUUCUCUGCUACUGCCUCUUGGACCCUGCACACCUUGUGGAGGUCCAUGAGAGUAACGUGCUGUGGUUUCCCCUCUCCCAACUCCUGCUCUGCACUUUGUCAUUCACUUUCAUCUCCCUCCUUGAGUGUCACCUCUCUCUGGCUCGUCAAGAAGCCACAGCAAAGCGUCCUUCCCCAGGAACCCCUCCCCCAGGGGCGGUGAGCUCCUCGACGCCAGGGCAGUGUAGCGCACCUCGGGCCAGGUACCCAGGAGGCGCUCGACGGGAGCGGAAUGGAUGUGGAGGAGCGCUCGGCAGGGAGCGCUGCCGCCGUGGCCUUGGCCUCUGGGAGCGGCGCUGCCAGGGUUUUCUGUGUCAGCCAAGCCUGGAAUGCGGGGGCGCCUCUGGACCCUCCUCUUGGGUCUGGGGGCUGCCUCGGGCAUCCUCCACUCCUCUCCCACCUUCUGUCCUUCCCUAUCUCCCACCCACAGGUGUGGGGCUCCAGACCCGCGCAGCGGCCAGAGCCGUCUCCUCUGGACCUCCAGCCCGCCCUUCCCCUUCACUUCUCUCUCCAGCUCCCUCCUGGUCUCUCAGCCCCCUCCCCUUCCUCUCCUCCCAGCUCCCCGCCGUGCGCCCCACGGUGGCCUUCGGCCCGCCCCUCCUCUCCAACCCCCUCCCUUUCCCCUUUACGCCCCUCCUCCCCCUCGUCCUCCCACCCCCUCCCACUCCAACCUGCGGGACCCGCCGGGACUCGCCCCCCUGCCCGCCCCUCUCCUCUAGCCCUGGUCGGCCUCGGCUCGGCCCCCGGCCCGCCCCUUCCAGCCCUCGGCACCACCCGCCGGCCGCUGGGCUCCACCACUCUGCACUCGCUGCCGGGGCCGCCUGGACAGGGAGCUUCGCUGGCGCGCUUAGCCGGCGACAGGGCAGGUUCGGGACGUCCAUCUGUCCGUCCGUCCGGAGAGAAAUUACAGAUCCGCAGCCCCGGGAUGGGGCCGGCCCCGCUGCCGCUGCCGCUGCUGCUGGGCCUCUUCCUCCCCGCGUUCUGGAGUAGAGCGAUCACUGAGGCAAGGGAAGAAGCCAAGCCUUACCCGCUAUUCCCAGGACCUUUGCCAGGGCGCCUGCAAACUGACCACACAUCGUUGUUAUCCCUUCCUCACACCAGUGGGUACCAGCCUGCCUUGAUGUUUUCACCAACCCAGCCUGGAAGACCAUAUACAGGAAAUGUAGCCAUUCCCCGGGUGACCUCUGCCGGGUCAAAGCUCCUACCGCCUCUUGCCUUCAAACAUACAGUUGGACACAUAAUACUUUCUGAACAUAAAGAUGUCAAAUUUAAUUGCUCAAUCAGUGUACCUAAUAUAUACCAGGACACCACAAUUUCUUGGUGGAAAGAUGGGAAGGAAUUGCUUGGGGCACAUCAUGCAAUUACACAGUUUUAUCCAGAUGAUGAAGUUACAGCAAUAAUCGCUUCCUUCAGCAUAACCAGUGUGCAGCGUUCAGACAAUGGGUCGUAUAUCUGUAAGAUGAAAAUAAACAAUGAAGAGAUCGUGUCUGAUCCCAUCUACAUCGAAGUGCAAGGACUUCCUCACUUUACUAAGCAGCCUGAGAGCAUGAAUGUCACCAGAAACACAGCCUUCAACCUCACCUGUCAGGCUGUGGGCCCGCCUGAGCCUGUCAACAUUUUCUGGGUUCAAAACAGUAGCCGUGUUAACAAACAGCCUGAAAAAUCCCCCUCCGUGCUAACUGUUCCAGGCCUGACGGAGAUGGCAGUCUUCAGUUGUGAGGCCCACAAUGACAAAGGGCUGACCGUAUCCAAGGGAGUGCAGAUCAACAUCAAAGCAAUUCCCUCCCCACCAACUGAAGUCAGCAUCCAUAACAGCACUGCACACAGCAUUCUGAUCUCCUGGGUCCCUGGUUUUGAUGGAUACUCCCCGUUCAGGAAUUGCAGCGUUCAGGUCAAGGAAGUUGAUCCACUGAGUAAUGGCUCAGUCAUGAUUUUUAACACCUCUGCCUCACCACAUAUGUAUCAAAUCAAGCAGCUGCAAGCCCUGGCUAAUUACAGCAUUGGCGUUUCCUGCAUGAAUGAAAUAGGCUGGUCGGCAGUGAGCCCUUGGAUUCUAGCCAGCACGACUGAAGGAGCCCCAUCAGUAGCACCUUUAAACGUCACUGUGUUUCUGAAUGAAUCUAGAGAUAAUGUGGACAUCAGAUGGAUGAAGCCUCUGACCAAGCGGCAGGCUGGAGAACUGGUGGGCUACCGGAUAUCCCAUGUGUGGCAGAGUGCAGGGAUUUCCAAAGAGCUCUUGGAGGAAGUUGGCCAGAAUAACAGCCGAGCUCAGAUCUCUGUUCAAGUCCACAAUGCUACGUGCACAGUGAGGAUUGCAGCCGUCACAAAAGGGGGAGUCGGGCCCUUCAGUGACCCCGUGAAAAUAUUUAUCCCUGCGCACGGUUGGGUAGAUCAUGCCCCCUCUUCAACUCCAGCGCCUGGCAACGCAGAUCCUGUGCUCAUCAUCUUUGGCUGCUUUUGUGGAUUUAUUUUGAUUGGGUUAGUUUUAUACAUCUCCUUGGCCGUCAGAAAAAGAGUUCAGGAGACAAAGUUUGGGAAUGCAUUCACAGAGGAGGAUUCUGAAUUAGUGGUAAAUUAUAUAGCAAAGAAGUCCUUCUGUCGGCGAGCCAUUGAACUUACCUUACAUAGCUUGGGAGUCAGCGAGGAACUACAAAAUAAACUAGAAGAUGUUGUGAUUGACAGGAAUCUUCUAAUUCUUGGAAAAAUUCUGGGCGAAGGAGAGUUUGGGUCUGUAAUGGAAGGAAAUCUUAAGCAGGAAGAUGGGACCUCUCAGAAAGUGGCAGUGAAGACCAUGAAGUUGGACAACUUUUCACAGCGGGAGAUCGAGGAGUUUCUCAGUGAGGCAGCGUGCAUGAAAGAUUUCAGCCACCCAAAUGUCAUUCGACUUCUAGGUGUAUGUAUAGAAAUGAGCUCUCAAGGCAUCCCAAAGCCCAUGGUAAUUUUACCCUUCAUGAAAUACGGGGACCUGCAUACUUACUUACUUUAUUCCCGAUUGGAGACAGGACCAAAGCAUAUUCCUCUGCAGACACUACUGAAGUUCAUGAUGGAUAUUGCCCUGGGAAUGGAGUAUCUGAGCAACAGGAAUUUUCUUCAUCGAGAUUUAGCUGCUCGAAACUGCAUGUUGCGAGAUGACAUGACUGUGUGUGUUGCGGACUUCGGCCUCUCUAAGAAGAUUUACAGCGGCGAUUACUACCGCCAAGGCCGCAUUGCUAAGAUGCCUGUUAAAUGGAUCGCCAUAGAAAGUCUUGCAGACCGAGUCUACACGAGUAAAAGUGACGUGUGGGCAUUUGGCGUGACCAUGUGGGAAAUAGCUACGCGGGGAAUGACUCCCUAUCCCGGGGUCCAGAACCAUGAGAUGUAUGACUAUCUUCUCCAUGGACACAGGCUGAAGCAGCCCGAGGACUGCCUGGAUGAACUGUAUGAAAUAAUGUACUCUUGCUGGAGAACCGAUCCCCUGGACCGCCCCACCUUUUCAGUAUUGAGGCUGCAGCUAGAAAAACUCUUAGAAAGUUUGCCCGACGUUCGGAACCAAGCAGACGUCAUUUACAUCAACACACAGUUGCUGGAGAGCUCUGAGGGCCUGGCCGAGGGCUCCACGCUUGCUCCACUGGACUUGAACAUUGACCCUGACUCUAUAAUUGCCUCCUGCAGUCCCCACGCUGCCAUCAGCGUGGUCACAGCAGAAAUUCAUGACAGCAAACCUCAUGAAGGACGGUACAUCCUGAAUGGGGGCAGUGAGGAAUGGGAAGAUCUGACUUCUGCCGCCUCUGCUGCAGUCACAGCUGAAAAGAACAGUGUUUUACCCGGUGAGAGACUUGUUAGGAAUGGGGUCCCCUGGUCCCACUCGAGCACGCUGCCCUUGGGAAGCUCACUGCCUGAUGAACUUUUGUUUGCUGACGACUCCUCAGAAAGCUCAGAAGUCCUGAUGUGAGGAGAGGUGCGGGGAGACAUUCCAAAACUCAAGCCAGUUCUUCUGCUCUAGGAGAAUCCAGUUGUAUCUGAUGUUUUUGGUAUUUGUCUUCCUUACCAAGUGAACUCCAUGGCCCCAAAGCACCAGAUGAAUGUUGUCAAGUAAGCUGUCAUUAAAAAUACAUAAUAUAUAUUUAUUUAAAGAGAAAAAAAUAUGUGUAUAUCAUGGAAAAAAACAAGGAUAUUUUAAUAAAACAUUACUUAUUUCACUUAUCUUGCAUAUCUUAAAAUGAAGCUUCAGCCGCUCCUUGAUAGUAACAUUUGUACAGAGCUGAAGUUGCUUUUUCAAGUUCUUUUCUUUUUCAUGACUAUGAAAUGUAAAAAUAUUUGUAAAAUGAAAUGCCAUGUUUAACUUAGCUUCUGGUCUUGAUGUAUUUGAUGAGAAUGAUUCAUUCAAUGUUUAAAGUUUUAUAACGGAUUAAUUUUCUGAUAUGGCUUCCUAAUAAAAUAUGAAUAAGGAAGGA